CUCCCUCCUUCAUCCACCUACCCACACCCUCCCAGUUCUAACGAUCAACGGCCAACGGUCAACGGUCCAUCGUCGAUUCGUCCCUUCUUCCCACCGAGCCACCCGUACCUGAUGAUCAGAUGUCGACCUAGCAACGCGGGGUUGAGACAUUCUAGAAAGAAGGGUUGUCAUCCGGAGUCCGCGCCCACGAGACCUCUUCCUCGCCCUCCAUCACUUGGUCUCUUGGACCAAUACGUCCUCAAUGCCUCCCCCUCACGACCAGUCGACGUUGCAGCUAUCAGCUACGACAUAUCGGACACUACCACUCAUCUCGUUCAGCUAUCACUGCGCCAUCUCUCGAACCGACAUUUGGCCUUCUUUCUUCCCAAGAUUGCCGUUCAUGCCGUGCCGCUUCCACCGACCUUGCCUUUUGAUCGAUUCCCGUUUUCCGUGCAGAACAAGAGCCGAAAUCUGCGCUCCGUCACCCCUGACCCCUGCCCCAUCGAUCUUCGCCGCUGGACCGAGUUUGGGAUUUCCGACCGCCUGGUGCUCUUCGCUUGCGAGUUUCCUAAUUUCAGCAGUGCCCUGGACUCGAUCUGGUGGACGUGGCAGACCCCAGGCAGAGACCUCUUGGGGUAUCACGAGGUCCGUCUUGUACCACCACUCCGAUGGUACACACCCAUUUACGAUGCUGCAUAUGCACUUAUUCAAGGAAAUAGACAUCUGUGGCCUGCCAUUUGCAUGCCACCUUGGAUCGGCCAUGUCAACAUUUACGGUCAUCAUCGCCGUCUUGUCGACCCUUUGGGCCUCGAGCGUGGGUCUUCUUCACGGCUUAAUCUUGUCAUACCCACCGCUCCUCUCAACGCCCUCGCUGGAAAGCCCGACUCUGAACUGUCACUGUUCCCCGGGGACUUGCGAAUGCCGUCGCUUAACUCCAAGUCCCAGGUUCCCACCUACCAACUCCCGCCCGAAGCGAGGCGGUUUCGGCCGCUAAUCCGGUUCGACACCGAAUCGAUCCUUUGUACCAAAAGACUACAGCACAGAAUCUCGAAAAGGGUGGUAUUUCCCCCGCCUUGCACUGACUUAUCGCUGGCGCUGUCGUAUCAAACCAUACUUUGUCUACGCGACAUGUCGAUCGACCACUCUAACGCUCAUAUUUGA